AUGUCUUUUGCAAUGCCGCUGACGCCGCCCAGAUCGGCGAAAAAGAAGACCCCCCAGGUCUCCAUCGCAGAAACCACCCCAACCACCCCAGCAAAGGGUAAACCCACUUUGUCGCCAGUCGACUUGCAAACGCCGAGAAAGACGCCUCACAAGCCCAAGACGCCUCACAAGUCUCAGACGAAAACUCCUAAAAGUUUGGCGCCUUCAGAACUCCUACUUCCUACUCCGGGCUUCACUCCACAGAAGUCGCCUAGAAGCAGAAGAAAACGGCCUGUGGCUGACCUUUUUUCCCUGCUGGAGCUGCUCGGGAUGCUUCUCCCAAAUCACCUGGUCGCCGGAAGUGGCAGAAGAUCGAUGCAGCCACAGAAACUACAUGCUCCCAUCAGUCUAGACCCCAUGGAGCUCUCCAAGAUCAACGAGAAUUUGGCGUUUGAAGAAGACAGUGAUACGCCGCCAGAGAGCCCCACGAGACCGCCUCGCAGGAAGCAGAGCAAGGUGGCUGCAACUCCGGGUGGCCAGAUGAUCACGGACCUGUUGGUGGAGCAGUGGCACGGGAAACUGGGCAAGGACGACUUCUCCUCCGACGAAGAGUUUGAAUCCGGCAAGCCCUUGGUCAAUCCGUUUACGGACGCUACGCCGGUGAAAAACGCCAUUCCCACGGCCUCCAAGGUUGACUUCUCCACACACAACGAGUUUGUCAACCCGAAAACGGGUGAACGCAAAGUAGUGCCGCUCACAGAGUCACAGAAAAAGUUCAAGCCGAAAAAAUUGAGCUUUUCUGGUUUGUAG